AAAAAAAAAAAAAAAAAAAAAAAAAAAAAAAAAAGAAAGAAAGAAAAAAAAAAGCCAACUCUAUCAAAGGUGCGGCAAGCUGUUUCUUCCUUGCCUUUUUGCCAGAAGAAUAAUCUGCGGCGUUUUUGGGUUUAGUGAUAAAAAUUCAGAUUUUGGUAGGCAGUUUUUGGUUUUCCCUUUAUCUGGUGUUGUUUUCGGUUUUCCCUAUAUUUGGUAUUGCUGAAGAGGGAAGAAAAAAAAGUUAUACCCUCUUAUCUACUUUUUCUUCUUACCAAAUUUUUGCUUCUGCAUUGUUGUGAAAGGUUCUAUUUCACAUAUCAUAUCAUGCUUAUGAUAUAAUUGUUAAAUUGAGUGAUAAAUGUUACCAAGGGAUUGAGGAAAAUCGAAAUGUCCUGGCAAUUAAAAUGUUAGGAAUGAUAAUGAAAAGACUAAAACAUCCUUAAUGAAUCAACAUACAAGGAAGAUUUAUUAAGGUUAUUUGGGCAAUUCCACAAGGAGUCUAGGAUGUCCUGAAUAUGUCAUGAGUUUCACUUUUCUCCUUUAUCAACUUAUCAUUUUAGUUUUGUUUUACUGAAAUGCCAAGAUGUCCUAAUUUUGACUUCUCUAAGCAAAUUCAUGGUUUGAAGAUCAAGAACUUUGCGAGCUUGAGCACUUGCAUUUGCAUGAAGAAGAUUUCCUUUCUUGUUUUCUUCUUGUCCUGUCACAAGUUGAAGUGCAAGAAGAAGUGUAUUUAUAAAUCUACACUUAGUGGUGUAAUUGAACUUUCCAAAAAGUUGUUUCGCAUGUCAACCAACAAGGUUUACUUGUACGGAGGCCAAGUAACAUCAUGGAAGAAUGAAUAUCGUGAAGAAUUGCUUUUUCUUAGUAGUAAGGAGACUUUUAGGCCUCCAAAGCCUAUCCGAGGAGGUAUUCCAAUCUGUUUUCCUCAAUUCAGAAAUCUUGGCACACUUGAACAACAUGGAUUUGCAAGGACUCAGUUUUGGAGUGUGGAUCCUGACCCUCCACCAUUUCCAAUAACCACUUCCAGCAGGGCUUUUGUUGACUUAAUCCUCAGGAACUCUAAAGAUGACGUGAAGAUCUGGCCUCAUAGGUAUGAAUUUCGCUUGAGGGUAGCUUUAGGACCAGGAGGGGAUUUGAUGUUGACAUCUCGCAUUCGAAAUACAAACACUAAUGGAAAGCCGUUUACAUUUACAUUUGCAUAUCACACCUAUUUGGCUGUUACUGAUAUCAGUGAAGUGCGAGUAGAAGGACUAGAGACUCUGGAUUAUUUGGAUAACCUGCAGAAUAGACAGCGGUUCACUGAACAAGGGGAUGCACUAACAUUUGAAUCAGAAGUGGAUAAAGUGUAUCUGAGCACACCUACAAAAAUUGCCAUAAUUGACCACGAGAGGAAGAGAACAUUUGUGGUGCGAAAGGAUGGACUUCCAGAUGCUGCGGUGUGGAAUCCCUGGGAUAAGAAAGCCAAGGCAAUUGCUGAUUUGGGAGAUGAUGAUUAUAAGCACAUGCUGUGUGUAGAGGCCGCUUGUGUGGAAAAGCCCAUUACCUUGAAACCUGGUGAAGAAUGGAGAGGACGGCAGGAGAUCUCCGCUGUUCCUUCCAGUUACUGUAGUGGGCAACUUGACCCCAAAAAGAUAUUCCUAAGGUAUUGAAAAUAGGCCUUUCUUAGGGGUCUAUUGUACAGGAUUGUAAAGGAUGACAAUCAGAUUUUCAAGGUUGAUUCCUUUGGUCCCUCUCCCUCUAUCACCAGGCUCCGUCACAUUUUACUGAAAAGUGCCUGCUACGAAAAUUCAUAAUCAAGGGUAUUUCUCUGUUUCUCUAGAAAACAGUUCGGUAAUUCCAAUGUUCAUUUAUAAGUUAAUGAUAUUGGUUUUUUUUUUUCUCAAUUUGGUCAAGAAAUAGGAUUUUCUCGC